UUUCAUUUUUUCUCUUCUUGUUGAUGCGACGUAGAAGCAUGCAGGGCUCAGAGGAGCCCUGUUCUGUGAUUUAUUUGGGCCGAGACAAUCUUGAGAAAACCCAUGAUAAAUCACUGAAAGAAUGGCUGAAAACACAUUUGAUUGUGCCUCCAAUGGAACUAAUUUCCCGUAUAUUACACUCACUGUUUCCAACUUCACGCCUGCCCCCUCCAGAUCUUUUGGGGCCUGGUUUAGCAUUUUUUAUCUUAGCGGCUCUCCUUCACACAGGGCAUUCAGCUAAAGUAUUACAGACAGCAUCAUCUGCACCAUCUCCAAUUCUUGCUCUUCUGCUAUACACAGCCCUGAUUCCAGCAGCAGCAUAUGUUUCUGUCUGCAUAGCAGGAUCAACACUGUCACUGAUGGAAACAAUUUCACUUAUGGGUUACGCUUCCUACGGCCACAUACUUGCAAUGGGUAUCCCAGUUCUCUUUCACCAAGAAGAAAGUGAAAUAUUCUUCUUUUGGUGCCUUACCGUAUUUGGAGGGCUCAGUUCUUUAAGAAUUAUACUUGUACUGCUAGUUUCAGUACGUAUUCCUGCAGCCCGGUUAGUAGUGUGUAGUCUCGUAGCAACUUUACAUUUGCUUUCUCUUGUAUUCCUGCAUUUUGUUUACAUGCAUACGACAUUUGUGUAUGGUGGAAACUGA